AUGUCGGGGGAAAAGCGACCUGCGCAAGAAGCCUUUGGCUCAUCGAACCAGCUUGUCGUCAAGCGAAAGAAGUCCGACGCCGGUCUCAAUGAUAGCACAGCCAUCGUCCAAAGCUCGUCCCAAAAUGGAGCUUUGAUCCAAUCAGUAUGCCUUAUCCCGUAUUAUUCGAAAAGUGAGAUUUUUGGUCAGGUUCCAUUGUUGACCAUGACUAUAGGUCAUUCUGGUGAAGUUUUUGCGGUGCGGUUUGAUCCCACUGCUCAGCACAUUGCUUCAGGCUCCAUGGAUCGAUCUAUCUUGCUUUGGAACACAUAUGGACAGUGCGAGAACUAUGGUGCGCUAUCAGGUCACCGAGGAGCAGUUCUUGACCUUCAAUGGUCGCGCGACUCCAGAACGUUAUUUUCCGCAUCGGCCGACAUGACACUCGCUAGCUGGGAUCUCGAAACCGGACAAAGAAUACGCCGGCACAUUGGGCACGAGGAGAUUAUCAAUUGUCUAGACAUAAGCAAAAGAGGCCAGGAAUUGCUGGUUAGCGCAAGUGACGACGGCUGCAUAGGCAUCUGGGAUCCCCGGCAAAAGGAUGCUAUCGAAUAUUUGGAAACCGAGUUGCCCAUCACGGCAGUGGCGCUUUCGGAGGCAGGUAACGAGAUCUACAGUGGUGGUAUCGAUAACACUAUCCAUGCUUGGGAUCUACGGAAGAAGAGCAUCGUCUACUCCAUGGCUGGACACACGGAAACCAUCACCUCUCUCGAAAUUUCGCCGGACUCGCAAACUCUUCUUUCCAACUCACACGACUCGACCGUACGCACGUGGGAUAUCCGGCCGUUCGCGCCGGCAAAUCGACACGUCAGGACGUUUGACGGUGCGCCGGUCGGUUUGGAGAAGAACCUCAUCCGGGCCAGUUGGGACCCGAGUGGGGAGAAGAUUGCGGCGGGUAGUGGUGACAGGAGUGUUGUGGUCUGGAACUCGAAGUCCGGCAAAAUCCUAUACAAGCUCCCUGGACAUAAGGGGACCGUCAAUGACGUCCGGUUUUCACCGAACAAUGAGCCCAUCAUCGUCUCGGGAUCGUCCGAUAGAACGCUCAUGCUCGGUGAACUUGGCAAGUGA